UGUCAUUAGCCACGGAACAGAAAGCGCUGUGUUCUCAGGCUCUCCUCUCUCCUCUCUCGCUCUCUUCAUUUCACCUUUUGCAUGUUCACUAUUCAUCCUUUCAUUCCACGGCAUCGGCAGAGAUCGUUUUAAUCACUCCUUGAUGGUCUCUAAUCAACUGUCUUCUGUUAUUUCAUCCUUGUCUGCCUUCAUGCGUUUGUUAACUCUUGGUCUCAGCCAUCAUUUGGAUUAGCUGUGUUUGCCAAGAAGCUGCAGAGCAGAGAGAGUCUUCCCUGGGCUCUGUAUUUGGGGGUUCCACACAGAGUGUGGAUGAGGAGCUUGGUGAGCUGUGGAGGCAGGAAGACAGGCAGCGGCUGGGUGAAGAGAGAGAGAGGCGGAGGGAGGAGAGAAGGACGGAGGGACUGAGGGGUGCUCCCCCCGGGGAGGAGAGGGGGGAGAAGACAGGAAGGCCUCUGGGACGCACCUUCAGCUUCCUGCGCAAGAUGGCCGUCCAGCGCAAGAACAAAGAGAAGGAGCGGAUGAAGGAGAGGGAGAAGGAGGCGCGGGAGCGGGAGGCGCGCUAUAGCAACGGCCACCUCUUCACUUCCCUCACCGUGUCUGCCACCACCCUCUGUUCCGCCUGCAACAAGAGCAUCACCGCUAAAGAGGCCCUCAGCUGCCCCACCUGCAAUGUCACCAUCCACAACCGCUGUCGAGACACACUGGCCAACUGUGCCAAGAUGAAACAAAAGCAACAGAAGCUCGCCCUGGUGAGGAACAGCUCUGCGCUGCCGAACGUAGCUCUGAGGACCAAAACCCCUAUGAUGAAGGAGCGGCCCAGCUCAGCCAUCUAUCCGUCCGACAGUCUCCGUCAGUCCCUGCUGGGAUCCCGCCGUGUCCGCUCUGGCCUCUCCCUCUCCAAGAGUGUCUCCACACAAAACCUCGCAGGGAAUCUGAAUGACGACUCACCGUUGGGGCUGCGGAGGAUCCUGUCUCAGUCCACAGACUCCCUGAACUUCAGAAACAGAGCCAUGUCAAUGGAGUCCCUCAACGACGAGGGGGAGGUGUACUAUGCUGCCAUGUUGGAGGAGCUGGAGAGGGAGGGGAAGGACUUUGAGGCUGACUCGUGGAGCCGGGCCGUAGACCCCUCCUACCUGCAGACGCACCGCAAAGACGUCAUCAAGAGACAGGACGUCAUCUAUGAGCUGAUCCAGACAGAGUUCCACCACGUGAGGACCCUGCGGAUCAUGGAGGGGGUGUUCCGGCAGGGCAUGCUGGACGAGGUGCUGCUGGAGCCGGGCGUGGCGCACGCCGUCUUCCCCUGUCUGGAGCAGCUGAUGGCGCUACACACACGUUUCCUUUCCCAGCUUAUGACACGACGCACUCACAGUCUAGCCCCCGGUAGCGGUACUAACUUUACGAUCAACCAACUGGGGGAUAUACUGACUGAACAGUUCUCAGGUCAGUGUGCAGAUGAGAUGAGGAAAGCCUAUGCUGAGUUCUGUAGCCGCCACCCCAAAGCUGUGAAACUAUACAAGGAACUGCUGGCCAGAGACAAGAGGUUUCAGCACUUCAUACGGAGGGUAAGCCGGGGGCCCCUGCUGCGUCGCCAUGGCAUCCAGGAGUGCAUCCUGCUGGUGACUCAACGCAUCACCAAAUACCCUGUCCUCAUCCAGCGCAUCCUGGACAACACCAAGGGCAGUGAAGAGGAGGCCCAGUCCUUAGCCCAGUCCCUGUCCCUGAUCCGGGACUUGUUGAGCUCUGUGGACCAGCAGGUGGCAGAGCUGGAGCGGACCCAGAGGCUCCAGGAGAUCAGGGCCAGAUUGGAUCCCCGGGCCCAGGCAGAGGUCAGGGGAGGAGGGGUGUUCAGGGGAGGGGAACUGCUCCGCAGGACGCUCCUCCACGAGGGCACACUGCUGUGGAAGACGCAAGGAUCCAGACUCAAAGACGUGCAGGUCCUGCUGAUGACAGACAUCCUGGUGUUCAUGCAGGAGAAGGACCAGAAGUAUUUAUUCCCCUGCAUAGACAAGCCUGCAGUGUUGUCUCUGAAGAACCUGAUCGUGAGGGACAUAGCCAAUCAGGAGCGAGGGAUGUUCCUGAUCAGUGACUCCACCCCCCCAGAGAUGUACGAGCUGCACGGCGCCUCACGAGACGACAGGAACAACUGGAUGAGACUCAUACAGCAGACAGUCAGCAGCUGUCCGUCCAGAGAGGACUUCCCCCUGAUAGAGACAGAGGACAAGGCCUUACUGCGCCGACUCAGAGCUGACAUCCAGCAGAAGGACAGGGAGGUGCUGGAGCUCCUCCAGGAGAGAGUGACUCUGUUCUCUGACCUAGCUGAGGUCACCGGUGGGUGUCAGGAGGUCACGCCCCCCACCAACUCUAGGAACAUCUUCCGGGCCGACACCCCCUAUGCACCCCAGGCGGAAUACCUACUCACCGACGCCAUCUCAGAGGUUGACAGGCUCAGUGAGUUGCUGCUGGGCUCCAACAUAGAGCUUCCCAAGUCCAAUGGUAGCACCAACGGUACCAUUGAUGACCAGAACCACAAAGGGGCGCCAGUGAGCAAUGGAGAUUCGACCUCCGUCAACGGGACUCAUGAAAUGAAAGGAAGUCCAGCGUCCAGGGACAGAAAUGGUAACCAGCUACAGGACAGACCCCUAAAUGAGGAGGUGUGUCAGAGGCUUGUGAACCUCAGUGCUCAUCUCCAAUCUCUACAGGCCGCCGUCAUUCACCAAGACUCUGUCCUCGAGCUCCGCCUCCAUGAGGGCACAGGCCCUGCCUCCUCAGGUUCCCCGACUCCCACCCCCACUCCUCCAAACUCCUUCCCCAGGCUGUGCCGUUCCAUGUCACGUGACACAGGUCUGGAUGUGGGCAUGGUGGCAGCCAUGGGGGAGAUGGCCAUGCUCCAGAAGCAGCAUGAUCUGCUGCAGGAGGAGGUGGUGAGGCUGCGCCCCCUGGAGGCCAGGCUGAGGGAGAGCGAGAGGGUCCGGGCUCAGCUGGAGCAGCAGAUCAGGGACAAUAAGGGCAGGAGGGGAAGGAGGGGCAGGAGGGGCGGCAGAGGCAGCAACGAAGACAUUGUGGUGGAUGUUACAGCCUUAGAGCAGGCUCCCUCUAAAAGGAGAGGAAGUGGUGACGGCGAGCCCAGCCCUGUCGCUCCAUUGGCCUGUCAGGAACCAGUGGACCAAUUGGACGGCGUACAGGAAGGCAGUGAGGAGGAAGAGGAGGAGUCAGAGGAAGAGGCGGAUGUAGUGAAGGUUUCACCACGCUCUGACAGUCCAAGAGAUCUCCAGGAUAUCCCGGAGGAGAGCGAGUGCGGACCGGAAGCGCAGGAAUCCAAAGGCUGAUUCCGAGACUGUUCCGAGUUAACAUUGACCUCAAACUGGACACGCAAACCAGAAAACAGGACUUGAGAGCUGGACCAACAUAUUGUCAACCUUCAACCAACCAGACCUGAUAGAAAUGAUCUUCAGUGAUUCCAUCUAUUCGUCUUUCUUUGGCAUAGAAAGCCUACCCAGGAAUUGUGUAUUGUAUCAUGGUAUAUGUUAGUUCGGAGAUGUUAUAUGUUUUUCUAAUGUUAUGUUAAAAGCUUCAUCCUCGGGAUUGAACCCCUUUUUCCAAUCCCACUCUUCGUUUCUUCUUUCCCUUUUCAAAACAAGGAUGACUAAUAACAGAGAGGGAUUGGGGGGUGAAGAGGAGUUGUUCGUAACAACAAUGGAAUUCUAAUGGUGGACUGUUGAUCUAUAGGUGUCUGCUGAUACCAGUAGGAACUAUUCUGUACUGUAACUGCCUGUCAUUGUUGUACAUUUAGUGUCACCUCUCUACAGACCUGGUUUGUCUGUGGUGGUGGAGCUGACUGAUUGAAACUGAACUUAGAUCAGUAAAGGAGGGCGGGACAGGAAAAGGGGGAGGACAGGACAGAAAAG